GAAAAAAAGACAGGCGCUCGCUCCCUCGUGCCCUCGAUGCACUUGCCCACCGCCGCUCUCCUCUGCCCCAACCCCAACCCCGCCGCCGCCUCAAUCCCACCGCCGCCGGCCUCCUCCUCCUCUAGCGCCUCCGCUCCAGCCCCUCACCUUCUCAGCCUGGAUCCGCACGACAAGGUGUGGGGCUAUGGGAGAGAAGGCUCCAUAUCGCGCGACAAGGUGAGGGGGCGCCCAGAUCCGCAGCGGCACCACCGCGCCCUCGUCCACCUGGCCCUCGAGGUCGGCCAUGGAGGUCCGGCCCGACCAAUGGAUGGAUGGGGAUGAAACCCUAGCCCAACACCCACCCAUGGAUGGAUGGGGAUGGGGCGACGACGGCGGUGGCGGCGGCGGCCUUCUCUCGGUGCUUGCUGAUGUGGUGGACAUCGACGUCGGUGACGGGUUGCAGCACGUAGACAUCAAAGGCUGCGGGUGUCACGGAGGAGCACCAUGGCAGGCGUGCAGACCAUGGCUCGCUAUGGAAGGCCCUUCCCUUCCCUCUCUCUGUUCGGGCCAUGCUCAGGCAGUCUUUUCUCUUCUCUUCCCGCAAAAAAAGUCUUUUCUCUUCAUGAUCUGAACAUGUUGAAGGCCAUUAUUUCUCCACUGCCGGAGUCUAGCCUCCCUCCGUGGGAUGCCAUGGAGAUGAAACUCCCCUCGACGAAAGAAUUCAAGGGCAUGUGGGAGAGAGAGGAGGUCCAUGGAGAAGAAGCUCUGCUCCAACCCUCCCUGCCUCCUAAUACAAGAUGUCUUUUUUUGUGUGUGCUUGUAUUGCAGCAGCCAUGCCAUGGAGGCUUUGAUGAGCACGAGGGGAAGGCCGCUGCUUCAACCCCGUUAAGCUUACGUGUGGGAUUUGCUUCGGAAGUUGUCCACGUGAGUCAAUGGGUGCUGCUUCAUGUGGGCAUCCUUUCUGUGGUGUAUGUUGGAGAGGAACAAGCAGAGGCCGAGGAAGUGCGGGCACGCGCAGCUGGCCUUGGCAGGUGUAGGAACCGUGCGAGGAAGGUUCAGCGCGCUGCACAAGUCGGGCCACGCCCGGAGCGCCGUGCCAACGCAUGUGUGCGUGGUCGGUGGGUUAGCCAAGAUCUGCAUUCUGCGACUUCAUCUUCACCAUGGACACAAGCAAGGACUGAUUGGUGGUUCUUGGUAGCGGUGCCGAGCAUCGGCGGAUCGAAGUGGUCGAGGUCGCGGUUAAUCCACCAGGACGAGACAUGCAUCUUGGAGCUAGCGCAGAGGGGGGAAGAAGCAGGAACUUUUGCGCAAAGAAAACACACACAGGGCAGGAACAUGACUACUCUUCCCCUUCCAAGUUUUUGAUCGAUCGAACUCUUCGGUGACCAGAAAAUGAGAAAAAGGCAGGCCGUCGAUGUACAGACCACAGGUGCUCGGACGCACGGCCGGCAUCAUGGUCGUCAUAACUCAUAACCCAUGAGGUGGUGACCAAGCAAGAAAGGAAGGAACUUUCGCGCAAAGAAAACACACACAGGGCAGGAACAUGACUAUUCUCGCCCUUCCAUGUUUCUGAUCGAUCGAACUCUUUGGUGACCAAAAAAUGAGAAAAGGGCAGGUCGUCGAUGUACAGACCACAGGCGCUCGGACGCACGGCCGGCAUCAUGGUCGUCAUAGCUCAUAACCCAUGAGGGGGUGACGAAGCAAGAAAGGAAGGUGGACGGCCUUGGCAAUCUGAACAAGCUUUACGCGACUGGCACUCUUGUUGAUCCCAUAUGAGUCAUUAAGCCGUUUUGUGCGCAAGGUUGAGAUAGUUGGGGCCUAUAACUGUGUUUUGGUGAGCUUGUUCCUUCCUUUGAGGGUUUCCCAAUCCCUUCUCAAUCCAAAGUUCUGGCUCAGGCUGUGACUACAACUUUUAUUGACCUAGAUCUGAUGGUGAUAGUUAGGAAUAAUUCAAAUUUUUUUCAGGGUUUAUUGAACUGCACCACACAUAAGUAAUAGAUAUUAACCUAUGUUAACACUAAUAUUUGUAAUUUGUUACAUCAUGAUGUUUAAUAUUGCCAGGAGUUUUUUCUUGAAAAGAAAAUAUAAAAUUUACACCUCUUGCACCACUGAUAGAGAUGUGCCUUGCUGUAAUAAGAUGAUGGGCUCAUGACUUAUCUUUCUUGGACAAAACAAGGAAUCUAGCCAUAACUAUGUACAUAUCUGGAUACUCAUCUUUUUUUUCUCAAGCUAUCAUGUCAAGUGUAGAGGAAAUGAUGAUAUACAGAAUAAGGAGAAAGACAUGCUGACAGUACAUAUGGUUCCAAUUUUCAUCACACUAUGUGCUAAUAUAUGCUCUCAAUGAUAAUAUGCCACCUUGCGCUAUCUACACACGUAAAAUGUUCUUCUUUUGUAUAAUUAUACACUAUAAAAUUAUUGUAUGCUUACCUUUGGUGGAAUUUCAGAGUUGAAAGGACAUCAAGUUUCCAUGCGAGGGGAGUUAAUUUUGGUUGUCCUUUGUUUCAUAAAAAAUGUUGGUAGCAUUUAGAACUAUGUUUAUUUGGUGUAACCGGAAUUAAUCACUGGUUAAACAUAUAGAAGGAGUCUCUCUAUUGGAAGGGGAAAAUAUAAUAUUAGACACCAUUUAUUUUUC